AAUCAUCAGCGACGAACUGUAGAAAUAUCUCCCUCUCCCUCUCCCGCUUGCCCAUCCAUAUAUAUUCACAGAAGCCGCAGAGGCCUAAAGUCAGGGGAGACGGGGACAACCCUAACAAAGUACCUGGAACUCCGUUAGCCCGAGGCGGGCGAGAGUCCGCUUCGUUCAUCGAGCAUCAUCAUCUCGCCAGCGUCUUUUCUGGGUCGUGCUCGGUCUCCUCGCUGCGUGAGCGGGUAAUGAUUGCUCCUUUGUCCGAACACCAAGCAAGAACUCUCCUCCCCCAUCAUAAUCGUCAAUCAUCUUCAUCCCGAGCCCACCCCCGAGGCUUUUCAAGAGGGAGGAGGAACAAAACAGAGAGGAGAUCUGGGACCUCAGAAAUAUAUCCUCUCGUGCUUCAACUCAAUGCCAUUUAUGAUGGCUGCUGACCUACAUCGAGCGCAGUUAUUGCUCCCUCCCUCCCCCUCCUCCUCCUCUCUGUUUGCCCCCGAGCCCCGCUCCCUAUCUUCCGCGGAGAACAACCGCGGGCCGUACGGGGAUCGCCGCCGCUCCGGGUCGAGCAGUCCGUCCAUGUCCGGUUCGGGGAUGACCACGCCGUCCGGGUCCGAAGUGACGACGGAGAGCAGCUACGAGGACGACGACGACUAUAUGGCCGAGCUGACCCGCCAGAUGGCUCAGCGCAUGCUUCAAGAGGACGACGACGACGACAUCGAUCGCUCUGUUCUGAGCCAGGCCUGGGGUUUGGCCGGUUCGCCUCCAUCGACGCUCUGGUCGGCUUUUGCUGCGAACCAGAGCAGCAAAAAUGCCUCAUUUCCAGAGAGCGACCGUGCGUGGGACAUCUCGCAGGAUCUCUCCGACCAGUUCGAGAAGAUGAUGAGCCUCGACGAGCAAGAGCCUCAAAAUCACAACUUUCGCCAGAACCUUUGCGAUCCUGCUGCUCUGGACAACGCAAGUUCGGUCCAUCCCUCAAGUCAAGCUCUUUCAAACGGUGAAAUCAUGGCCAGCGAAUUCGAUCGGGUCCAACUGGAGCGGGUCGGGAAGCAAACGCGGCCCAAGAACCGGAAAAAGCGGGGCGGCAACGGGGGUGCGGCCACGGCCACGGCCACGGCAAGGGCCGCGCCGUCUCCUUCGCCGAUGACCCAGCGGCAGGCCCAGCGACAGGAGUUUCGGCGAGCGGGUUCGUCGGGCAUGAGAGCUGUAUUCCUGGGUGGGUCCGGUUCGGGAAACGGGUCGAGCGGGACUGGCGUGUUCUUGCCCCGUGGGGCGGGCAACGACCCUCCCGAAUCGCGCAAGAAAACGAGAUGCUCAACAGUUCUGAUACCAGCUAGAGUUGCUCAUGCCUUGAUGGUCCACCACGACAAGAUGGGCACCCAGUCGCGGCCGAGCGUUGGUUACUUUCCUCCGAAGCAUGAUGCUGCCACGAGUGGGAGAAGUACUGGCCCGUCUCUCCAGCAGAAGUGCCAAUCCGAGGCGGUGGCACCAGACCCAAACCAAGGCGAUAUAGACCUGCCUCACGAGUGGAUGUAUUGAAGUAAUCGUCUUCUAGUCCCAAACCUGUGGGAAGUUCCUUUCAGCUAAAGAACAGUAGACGAUGGUUUUUAGAAUAGAAUACAGAAUAAAGGAGUGAAACGAAAGACAAAAAGCCUCCUUCUUUUAGUCAUUUAGUGGGAACCGAUGGAUGAUGCAGGCAGAGCAGAUGAAGAAGAAAGCGACAAGCUCGUGAAGGAUAUAGUCUGUGCGAAUGCAAUAUGAUAGUGGUUGCUGUCAAAACAGUGGAGGAGGAAGUUAGGUGUAAAUAAUUGAGUGAAAAGGCUCGAAAUGAGGCUUUUUGUCUGACUGCUUGGCUGGAUCGCCAACGAACCAGUGCCUGGGAUGCUGUUUUUCUAUGAAGUUGCCCUUGAAUAAAUUAUUUAUGUGCUGGUGAUGGA